UUCACUUUCUCGUAUCGGGCUUUUCAUUUUCUGGAAAUUUGAACUGUUUUUCUAAAAUGGGGUUUUAUUGAAUUCACAGAUGGGUGUUGAAAAGCGUGUAAAGAUUUGACUUUUGAUGGUAUACAUAAGUUUGGAGCUGAGGGAGGGAGGGCACACAGGCAGCCUAGCUAGCUAGGCCUUUCAGCUCUAUCUGUCGUCGAAAUUUAUAUAGUCCGUUUUGUGCAUAGCAUAGCGCCGCUCGUGCACUGCCCAAAAAUCCCUUUUCUUGAAUCGCCAGAUCUCGAGGUGGCUCCGCUUGCUUGCUUAGUACUUUACUUGUACGAAGCCCUUUAGUGCCUGCCGCUGCCUCUCAAUCAGUAAUGCGAAAGUUUUCACCUUUUCUUCGUCCGCCAUCUUCUCUUCUCUGCGUUUUACCUCUCCAUAAAACUACACUACUUUGAUUGGGUCAAUACAGAGAACUUAACUGUUGUUUUUGUAGUGUACAUAUGUACAUGUCAAAGCAGCGGCCACAAUCAUAGGAGGGGUCGGUGAUACUGUUUGAUUUUGCCGGUGCUGUGCAGUGAACUCGAGAAACACUGCAAGAAAUGCAGAAUUUUGAUGAAGGAGAAGAGGAGGAGGUGUUCUUCGAUUCCAUUGAGUGUUUGUCAUUGGAGGAAUCUGUGUUAGAGCAAGGUGAAUUUGGGUAUGAUCUUUGGUUGAAAGAGCCACAGAGUGUGAAGGAAAGACGAGAGAGAUUUUUGCGCAAAAUUGGGACUUCAGAAUAUAAGUUUGUAAGUGGUUCUGAACCUAUGCCUAUGGUUUCAGAAAGGAUUCAUGAGUGCUCAAGUGGAGCAGAAUGUAGUAGCUCUUCUGCUUCUUCACCUGUUGUCAGAAGAGAGGAAGCUUUGUCGUGUGCCGGGAGAGAUUGCAGCAGCGAUGCUCGUUGUUCGGUUGAUGACUGUAACAAUCAGGCUUGCUUGGAUGAUGAUGUUGUUGCUGAAAGUGCCCCUGCCUUGAAAACCAAGAAGAGGAGAUGGUGGAAAACCUUGCUGCAUAAGAUGAAAUGCCGAAAUGGUGCUGAUGUAUCCGAGGCGUCUAAACAAUUCUGUAAUGUAGCAGCAGGGAAAGGAGCUCUAUUAAAGGUGCAUCACAGCAGGAAAAAGUUUAUGGAAUUCACUGCAAUAUAUGCUGGACAAGAGAUUGGGGCUCAUUGUGGCAUAAUUAGGACAAUGAAGUUUAGCCCUGAUGGGCUGUACUUGGCAAGUGGCGGUGACGAUGGGGUCGUUCGCAUUUGGCAUGUCACCGCCAUUGAUGCCUCCUACAAACUUGUCAGGCACACGGUCUGCAGUCCCCACCAUCAAAGCAAGAAAUCAUCUCACACCACUGCUAAGCUCCCUGAGAAAAUCUUCCAAAUUGAAGAAACACCAAUGCAUGAGUUUCAUGGCCAUAAGGCUGGAGUUUUGGACCUUACAUGGUCCACAACCAAUUGUCUUCUCUCUGCAUCUAAAGAUAACACGGUUCGUUUAUGGAAACUAGGGUCUGAUAAAUGUCUUGGUGUCUUCCAUCAUAGUAACUACGUAACGUGCAUCCAAUUCAACCCUGUUGAUGAAAACUUUUUCAUCAGUGGAUCCAUAGAUGGAAAAGUACGCAUUUGGCGUGUGACAGAAAAGCGAGUUGCUGAUUGGGCUGAUGUAGAAGAUAUAGUAACUGCUAUAUGUUACCAGCCAAAUGGCAAGGGUUUUAUAGUUGGUUCUAUAUCUGGUAUUUGCAGAUUCUAUGAAAAAGGAAGUGAGCUUUCCUUAGAUGCCGAGAUACACAUUGGUGGUAGAAAGAGAUCAAACAGCAACAUGAUUACUGGCAUUCAGUUUUUGUUGAAUGAUUCUCAGAGAGUCAUGAUUACAUCUGGGGAUUCUAAGAUCCGUAUUCUCGAUGGGCACGAGGUUGUCUGUAAAUACAGAGGUCUGUCAAAAUCUGGAAGUCAGAUGUCAGCUGCAUUUACCUCAACUAGAAAACAUGUAAUAUCCGUUGGGGAGGACUCUCGCAUUUAUCUCUGGAACUACGAGGACAUGAGCUUCCAAGAAUCGAAGCAAGUGAAGUCAGAACGUUCGUGUGAGCAUUUCAUGUCAAAGAGUGUUUCUCUGGCAAUACCUUGGACCGCCGGGCAGGGUGCAAGAAAAAAUGACUUAAUAAGCUGUGGGAGUUCCAAAUCUUGCUCACAGUCACAGAUGCAAGAACAACAGCAAGACGCCAUGCCCAAGAUUCGGGAUUCAGAAAGGUUCUCCCUAGGAAGUUGGUUCUCCAUGGAUAUCUCAUCCAGGGGCUCUGUUACAUGGCCUGAGGAAGUUCUUCCUCUGUCAUCAUCCGAUGUGCCUACUGCAGAAAACGAGGAUAAUCAACGACAACGGGUGCAGGAUUACAAAACUCAGAUUCAGAACAGCGCGCUACAAUCUCCAGCCUGGGGUCUUGUUAUUGUGACUGCUGGCUGGGAUGGGAAGAUCAGGACAUUCCACAAUUAUGGAUUGCCUGUUAGGAUUUAGUAGUUAUGGUCUGCUUGACUAAAGAUCUCUCAACGCCAAAUCACAAAUCCAAAAUGCAUAUAUCAAGUGUUUAAUUUGUAAAGUUCAGUAGAUGCCACCCAUCCAGUUGAUUGAUAGUGUAUACUCAAGCUUUAGCAGAAUAUUAAUAAUCUCAUUGCUUCAAGCCUGAAUUCAUAUCAAA